AUGAUUCUAGUUGGAUGGAGUUUUGGGGCUCUGGCCGUGUCAGCUCUGCUCUGCCACUUCGAGAAGCUUUGCCUGAUGCCUCCCGCGGUCAUUCUGCUGGAUCCCCGAUCUGCCGGACCUUUGUCGCAAGUCUCGCGCAGUUUGGGCUGCUUCUUUACGUCGACCGAGCUGCCCGGGUUUCGCUCGACCGUGCUCGCGGUAGACUUUUUGGCGCCACGGGCGGGCGCACGCAACACUGAAGAAAGCAAAGGAAUCCGUUUCAUGGCCCCGGAUAGCAUCAUGGCGAAGCAGAGAAGUCUGCUUUAUGCUGGUCUUGAGCAGCUCCUGCUUCCCGAAUCAACACAUUGA